AUGUCAGCUUUUACGCUUCCUGAUUUGAGAUUCGAAGAAUCGUUCUUGAGAACAUUAUACUCAUAUGCUGGAUACCAAACCCCCACUCCAGAUGCUAAAAAUUCCGCAGCGCUUACGGAAAAAGAAUUGACUUUACUUAGCGGCAAAAUAGAUGACCAAGAACAACAAAUAAUAGAUAGUCCAAGUGGGCCAAGCGGAUUUCAUCCUAUAGGUCCAAUUUCCCCUUCCAUAAUUGCAUACGCCGUGUUCAAAGAUCAAAUCCUUAUGCCGCUCAUACAAGGGUUCUUAUGGACUGGAUUUUUGAUUAGCAUCCGCCCAUUUUUGGGAAUAAUUGUGCAGCAGGGUCAGAGAUGUGGGUUAUGGCUCUCGAAUACUUUGGGGUUAAAUAGAAUCAGACCAUCUCCAAAUCCAUAUGUAUAUAAAACGACUAUAUAG